GAUCAGACGGUGGCUGGUGAUCCCGUGCGGAGCUAGCCAGCAUCUCAUCGUCCAUGCAUUCGGCGACGCACCUGCCACCCAAUCAUCUCGCGCAAAACCUCCGCACAAUUGCAUUGCUUCCCCCGCGAAGAAAUCUCCCCACGCUCCUCGCCUCGCCCGCUUCGCCGAUGCGAGACCGCUCCUCCAACUCCAACCCCGCCUCCCACGACGCGUAGCGGCGUAGGCGUAGCACCGCAACCCCGCCGCCGCCUCCCCACCCGCCGCGCCGCCUCCGCCCCUCCACCUUCCAUGGCGCCCCGCCCCGCCGCCGUCGCCUUGGCCGUGGCCCUGCUCCUGCUCCUGCUCCUGCUCCCUGCUCCCGCGGCGGCGGCGGCAGCCGUGGGGGUGAACUGGGGCACGAUGAUGUCGCACCCCAUCCUCCCGUCCGCGGUCGUCGAGAUGCUGCGCGCCAACGGCGUCGACCGGGUGAAGCUCUUCGACGCCGACCCCUGGACGGUCGCCGCGCUCGCCGGGUCGGGCGUCCAGGCCAUGCUCGCCGCGCCCAACGACCAGCUCGAGUCGCUCGCCCGCGACCCGCGCCGCGCGCGCGACUGGGUGCGCCACAACGUCACUGCCAACCUCAAAGCCGGCGUCGAUGUCAGGUAUGUGGCUGUUGGCAAUGAACCUUUUCUGAAGAGCUACAAUGGCAGCUUCAUCAACAUUACCUUUCCUGCACUCAAGAAUAUGCAGAAAGCUCUAAAUGAGGCUGGCUUUGGCCAACGCAUCAAGGUAGUUGUGCCGCUCAAUGCUGAUAUCUACAGCUCCCCUGAGAACACACCAGUGCCAUCUGCUGGGAGUUUUCGCAAGGAUAUCAAUGACCUCAUGGUUGACAUUGUUAAUUUCCUCCAUGUGAAUGAUGCACCGUUUGUGGUUAACAUCUACCCAUUUCUCAGCCUGUACCAGAAUCCCAACUUCCCGCUGAACUUCUCCUUCUUUGACGGUGCUACCAAGCCAGUGUAUGAUCAAGGAAUGGUCUACACCAAUGUGUUUGAUGCCAACUUUGACACUCUUGUCUGGUCAUUAAGGAAAGCUGGUGUGCCCGACAUGAGAAUCAUUGUUGGUGAAGUUGGCUGGCCAACAGAUGGCGAUAAGAAUGCUAACGUCAAAUAUGCACAGAGGUUCUAUAGUGGUUUUCUGAAGAAGAUGGCCAAAAAUGUCGGGACGCCUCUGAGACCUGGUCACAUGGAAGUUUACCUGUUUGCGUUGAUUGAUGAGAACCAGAAGAGUGUUCUGCCUGGACGCUUUGAGCGUCACUGGGGACUAUUCACAUAUGAUGGAAACCCAAAGUUCUCUAUGGAUCUCAGUGGAAAUGGCAAGGUCAAUUAUCUGGCUGAAGUGAAAGGGGUGCAGUAUUUGCCAUCACAGUGGUGUGUAUUUAACAAGGAUGCAAAGGAUAAGUACAAAGAUCUGCCUGCCUCUGUAAACUAUGCAUGCUCAAAUGCAGAUUGUACACCACUGGGGUAUGGGUCCUCAUGCAAUGGUCUCAGCCAUGAUGGGAACAUAUCAUAUGCGUUCAACAUCUAUUUCCAGACGAUGGAUCAGGAUGUCAGAGCCUGUUCUUUUGGAGGUCUUGCAAAGAUCACAACGACAAAUGCUUCACAAGGAGGGUGCUUGUUUCCAGUACAGAUUCUGAGCGUUUCAGGAAGAGUGGUGCCACUGAUAUUUUUGCAUCUAUCCUUGGUUCUGUUAGUCUCUGUAUUCACACUACUAUAGACAUGGGAGGACAGUAGUAAGCACUGACAUAUUUGGUGAUUGAAGCUGUAAUAGGUUUGCACAUCACAGAGGAAAGAAGAGUCACUCCAGAUGAAGCUGGAGGAAGACAAAAUUGUCGAACUGAGUUAUUCUCUCGUGUGCUGCUGGCAGUAGUACCUCUGCACUAACUUUGGAUAGUGAGAAAACUACAAUUUGGCAUAUGUGAUCGGGAGAAGCUAGAAUUUCUUAUCGCUACUUUUCAGUUGACUGCCUCGCAUAGUUGCAUAUCUACAAGUGUUUGAGACCUGAAAUCUUUUACGACAUGGUUUGCUAUGCUGGCUGCAGAUACUGAUUGAGUGAUUGUACCUGUUUACUGGGCACCAGUCGGUCAUCUAUGAAAUGAACAUUUUGCACAGCUUACCUGUCCUGUACUACCUGUGGAUUUGGUCUCAUCUGGAUGUGUGAACCACUGAACCAAGUGAAGGAAACAGUUUCUUCUGUGUCAUACUCAUACAGCUACACUGGUUUCGCAAGUGUGAUAUUUUUCUGUUGAGUCACUUCUCUAGGGAGAGAAUUUAGUACUGAUUAUUGUCUCUUUUCAGUGCUCUUUGUUCCAUUUUGAUUAUCUUAUUUCUUUGAGAACAUAUCUACUUAUAUCUGUCGAUCCUUUUGGUCUAGUCAGUUCA